AGCAUGUUUAAAUAUAUUGACACCGUGAGAUCGCCAGACUACUAGCACAUAGUUCAUCGGUUACGUGUGUUGGCAUGGAACUUGGACGGGAAACUGGGGUUGAUUCGACGCUUCGAGGACUACUUUCAACUACUUCUUUUGGCUGUACUGAAUGAUGUCUCCCUCGUCGCCGGUCAGCUGACAUGAGGUGCUUCGUACACCUCGUCAUCCAGGCUACCGACGGCCAGCGAACACUCACCACCACCUCCACCCAGGGUUUAUAACUCCUCGUCCUAGCCUGUGUGGGAUCUUUGUAGACAGGACACGGCCAUGGCCCUGCGCAGACAGAAGCUGAUAGGCCUUGGCCUGAUGCUGUUUUUACUGUGGAACGUUGCAGCCUAUUUGUUGUUUGCGAGGCAAGCGGAACAAGGCACGAAACCGCUGGACGAGUCGGAGGGAAUGAAUGAGCGGUUGCAGCGAUUACAGGAACAGAUGCAGGAACAGAUGCAGAUUAACGAACAGCUCCUGCACGACAUCGUACAACAAAAGGAAACCAUUAUUAAAAGUAGAAACCAAUCCCCUGAUCAGCCCAACCUCCUGCCAGCGGGCCUGGACAUGGUGGCCCAUCAGGAACCCAAGCCCUCCAAGACCAACCCAUUCCAGCUUCCACUAGCAAAACAGGUCAAGUACCCGUACUCUUCCUAUGCCAUUCCAGUAUUGGUGAUAGCCUGCAAUCGACCCAGCGCCAUCACAAGGAGUCUGACUAAUCUGUUAGAAAUUAGACCAUCUUCCGCUCAGUUUCCAGUCAUCGUCAGCCAGGACUGUGGACAUCAAGCCACCGCCGAAGCAAUCCAAAAAUUUGGCGACAAAGUCACCCACAUAAAGCAACCGGAUUUAAGCAGUAUAACCUUACCAGCUCAGCAGAAGAAGUUUGAGGGGUACUACAAGAUAGCCAGGCACUACAAAUGGGCCUUAAAUAAAGUGUUUCAUGAAUUCAACCAUGACGCUGUGAUUAUUGUAGAAGAUGAUUUAGACGUGUCGGUGGAUUUCUUUGAGUACUUCUUAGCCACCUAUCCGUUAUUGCAAGAGGACCCGACGUUGUGGUGCGUGUCUGCGUGGAAUGACAACGGAAAGGAGGCUCGAAUAUCAGAUGACGCAGAGCUGUUGUAUCGGAGUGACUUCUUUCCUGGGCUAGGCUGGAUGAUGAGGAAGGAAGUAUGGCUAGAACUAGAGCCGAAAUGGCCGCAAGGGUUUUGGGAUGAUUGGAUGCGAGAGCCAUCCCAACGGAAGAACAGAGCCUGCAUCCGGCCGGAAAUCUCCAGAACGGACACCUUUGGAAAAGUCGGUGUCAGCAGGGGCCAGUUCUUUGAGCAACACCUCAAGUACAUCAAACUCAACAAGAAAUCGGUGGCUUUUACGAACCUGGAUCUGUCUUUAUUAAAAAAGGAAAACUUUGAUCCCGUAUUUAAGAAAGAGGUGUACGGGGUUCCAGAGGUGACGAUGGAACAAUUGAAGCAGAACACACUCAGCCAGAAGACGGUCCGGGUUACGUACACCAAUAAAAACAGCUUUAAAUUAUUGACCAAACAGCUGGGAAUCAUGCAAGACCUCAAGUCUGGGGUCCCACGUGCCGGCUACAUGGGAGUGGUGAGUUUUAUGUUCAACGGUCAUCGGGUCUACCUAGCGCCAACCAAAGACUGGAAAGGUUACGACGAAACCUGGAGUUAACCCAGGCUUAUUAAGUUGAGUCAACAUGUCUCACAUUGGACCCUUGGGGGCGCUGUUCAGUUUGGACUCCAGCUUUCAACCAGCAAAAGCUACAUGCAGCAGGAGCACGUUGGAUACUGCUUUUGUUGGUUUUCGCUCAGUAGGACAAUAAAUGAGUGUGGCGCAAACGUUAAAAUUAAAACUUUUCAGAUGGAGAGCUGAAACAGUACUCGCUUAUGUCUGAUUCUUAAGUCGCGAUUGCGAUCUAUUUUUGAUCCGUUGGAAGUGGAGAGACGAGAAAGCUGAUUGCUUCCUCAUCUUCAGUCCGUUCAUCGGCACGGCAACGACCGUCUGGGAUAAAAUGGCAGCGGAGCAUCAUAUAUUCCGAGAAACACCUUGGUUAGAGCGCCCUCACAUGGAUCUGCCAUGGGAUGUGUGCCGACUGCUUCAGCGUUUUGAAGAAACCAGCAGCCAUAGAAGUUACAAAAGACAUCUGAGAGAUGGUUGACUGCAAAUCAGAGCGAUUUUUUGGGGGGUCUGUCCCUUGAAAAAAACAAAGCGUGGAUCUGUCGAAAGUGCCAUGAAUGAAUUUACUAAGUGAACAUGCUACACAUGCAUACCAACGGCAGUGGGAUAGGUGUUAAGUGAAAAAGAUCUAUUAAAAUUCAUGUUCAGGGGCCAAUUUCAUAGUCCUGUCAUGCAUAUUCAUAAUUCCAUGUAGUUUUAACAAACAUAUAUUAGCUUACAGUUGUGUUCCCAGUGCUCUUCAACAAUUUCAAAUUAUUUUUGUUUCUGUUUAAUAAAUUUUCAAUUUAUAUGUUUUAUUCCCACCAAAAACCUCGUUUUUCCUUUUUGGACGUUUGCAACCCUUUCAAAAUAAGAUUUUUGUUUUAGGAACAAACAGAUGAGCUUUGUGACCAGACUGGUUCCUGCUCCAGACAUUAUCCAUACUGAUUGUGAGGCGGGAACCAGCCUAUCCUGUAGGAACAGAAUUAUUGUCUGGUAGCCAAUAAUUUGAAAUUGUAAAGUUAUGAUUCAAUAAGUAAACAUUUGGGCCGAUUGACCUAUCCCCGUUUGCGGGUUAGCCACGCCCCUUGGACAUCCCUAUGGGGAUUUUGUACGUAUACGUUUGUUUGUCUCAAAUUUUGCACGUUCCACGUCCAUUUGUACAUCAUGUAAUUGGACAAUAUUUCACAAGCUGCGUUGACGUGAUUCUACCGCGAUACGUCAAUUGUUUUCGGUCGAUGUCUCAUUUCAAAAGCGAAUAACUGUUGUUUUGUUAGAAAAAAAUAGCAAUUAAGAAAAGGAAUCUUUUUUUUCGGGAUGAACUUCAAAAUUUAGCAAGGGGAACUCAACUUUAAACCUACAACUAUGUAUUUCGUUUUGUAGUAAGUUUGUACUGGUAGUUCUAUGUUGUUAGGCUUACUCGUCAGUGGUCUGUGUGAAUGGGGCUUGUCUAUUGCUUUCCCAAGCCAUGUUUGGCCACUCAAGAUCCGACUUUAGAAUUAUGCUUGAAUUUACGUUGACGUACACUGAACUCAAUUAACAAAUAUACACAAGGUCUAGUACUGGACAGUAGUGUUAUAAACAUUUACACAGUAAGACAUUUGACAUGUUGAUAUGUACAAAAGGAAAACAUAUACUACUAAUACGUCUGUUUUCAAAAAAAAAAAAAAAAACAUUUCCCUGAAAAACUUUUUGCUGAACAGUUCUGUGAAAUUGGCCCCAGCUCUGUAACUAGACAAAAAUUGUCAAAAUGUGCCUUUUAUUUUUUUAAUAACUGUUACUAGCUAAUGUUAAAUUAUAAUAUUAAAAAGGAAAUACUUGUGUAAUUGUAUGUGCUGUAAAAAGGGGUAGCUGAGUGUCUGUGUUGAUCUGAGGUAAUGUGCAAAGCAGUUGGCAAACUGCCCAACAAUGCCCAAAUAUGGCUGAGCUUAUUCAGUGACAUGUACGAUAUGUAGCACAGAAUCUGAGAUACUCCUGGGUUGUUUAUAAAAAUGUCCCUGUUUUAUAUCAGCUCUACAUUUUCUAACUUACAUGUAAAAGAAAGUACAAAACGUACACUCAACUGAACCAUGGAGGAAUAAGACUGAACCAAUCAACAUUUUCAGUAUUUGCAAAUCCAUCCCCCCCCCUCGUUUAGAUUUUUUUUUUGUACAACUGCACGUCAGUACCUCAGAAACAGAAACCUAAAAUUCACCACGAUUAUUACAGCUAAGUGUUUAGGUUCACCAGGAAAGUUUGCCUUUCUUAUACAUGUAGGAUAUUAUUUUCGGAAAUGAAACUGAACUAGCAUUAAUUUUAAUUGCACGUUUCCUUUCCGUAUCACGUUUCGUGAUGUUUCGCACGGGUGCUUUUCACUCUCGAUACAUGUACUUAUUUGAAAACUUUUUUCCUUUCAAUAUUAAAUGAGUCCAAUAUGGAUACGAAGAGUAGUGUUUGGCCAUUAAGGGCUGCCAGAAAUAGUUCUUUUCUCCAAGUAACUUCUGCUCAUCAUAACUAUACAAAUAGUAACUAUAAGAAAAGAAUACGUAUGAUUUUGACUAAUAUUUCCGGGAAUUUACAUGUGUGAUCCUGUAUGAGGCAUGACGGAUUUCUCAAAGUCCAAGUCAAAUUAUACAGGGAACAAAAAAAACACUGGGUACAUGUGUUGUUGUGUACACGUACAUCUUUAAAGAAGGAUUGAAAUGCGAUGUACAAUUUCUUGUUUUAUUUCUUUGUGGUUAAACUGUAUGCCUCAUAACAUUGAACAACCAAAUGAUUUGCAUAGUUUGUGAAUGAGAAGUGCCGGACAUGUCAGUAAACAGUCUCAUUUUUGAAAUUAAAUAAAGUCCACAAUACUUAAUAUUAUUUGGUGGAUAGGUAAAUUAUAGCAAAUAUAAAUAAAAGGAAUCGACAAAAAAAUAAACAAGUUAUUUUUCACCCACUAAUAAAUUGGUAGAGUUAUUUGUAAGAAAGUCGAAAUUUAUUCUUGUAGCAUUUAUUCCAUUGCCAUCAGUGUGACAAUUAUACUGGGCAUUCUUUGAUGCUGAAAAUAAGGCACUGCUUAUCAUAGGGUCAGUUCCGUUUUUCAUGCACCCACCAAUUUUUUAAUGUGUUCUUAAACCAAAGGCUUUUGUUUUAACAUACAAUUUAGAGAGAUUUAUUGGUGGAGGGAAAGUACAACCAUAUUUUUGACUAACUUAAUUUAAUUAAUAUUUGGUAUCUUGGAUAUUAAAAUGAAAUGUAAGUACAGGGACAAAUUAUAUUUAUCGCCUUAUAUAUAGAACGUCAGAAUUUCCAAUUUUCUUUACCGUUGUUAAAUU